UACUAGAGAACAACGGAAGUGACGCUGGUACUGGGGCGGAAACUCGUUGUGCUGGACUUUCAGAGGAGAAACAUAAACACAGCUGUGGAUUCAGAGCUUGUGUUUGCUGGACAUUGUGGACAGUUGUUAAAGGCGGUCCUUGCUUACAAACAGUGUUGUAAAUAUACAAGACAGGGCAACCAGCUACCCCACAUCAAACAAAGCGGUGUUUUUUAUUUUAUUUAUUAGAGAACCAACAAUGCAAUCAGCCUGUGAAAUGAAAGAGGUGAUGGAUCUCUGUGCAUCCUCCGCGUCUCUCCUGGAAGAAGAACUCGCCUCUGCUAUCGAGCCUGCAGUGAAAGCGGCUGUGCUGAGCGUCAUGUCUGCGUUAGCAAAGUUCGUGGACAGUAAAUGUGCAGUUUUCCACCUCAGACUGGACGAAAGAGACAAAGAUUUCGAAAGCGUGAGAUUGCGAUUGGAAAUCGCGGAGAGCGAUUUAAAAGCCGUAAGAGAACGAGAAUGCACGAACACUGUCGAUAAGAACUUCACACACUCUCUCACAAACACUGAAACACAAAUUAUUGCUCCCGGCCGGUCAGCCCCUGCCCGGGAUCGCUCCACUGCACCAGUUCAGCUGAUCAGGGACCCGGUGCCUGCAGCCCAGCCCGCACUGAAAAGCUCCCGGGUUUUAAUCUGUUCAGAAGUGCUUGUUCAAGGUGGUGAACACAGGGACCACACAAGCACAGCGGGAUGGAGAACAGUGGAAGAUCCUGGAGAGAGAAAUGCUCUCCCUCAUGCUGAGGAAGGGUCGAAGGCAGAAUCAGUUCCCAUUCAAGAGGAGCUCUUUGACCAGGAAUGGUGCAGGAGUCCAAAGCAGGCUCCAGAGCUGACAUCUAUUGAAGGGGAGGAGGAGAAACCUGGACUGGAUCCUGUCCACGUUAAUGAAGAGAUCCCUGGAAUUGAGUCGGUCAUCAUUAAAGAAGAGGUUCUUGAACUUGAAUCUGACCCCAUUGAAGAGGGGGGUUCUGACCACUUUGAAAGACGGCAGCAAAUUCAAACUGGACAAAAACUGUAUCGCUGCCCUGAUUGUGGGAAGCGUUUCAGUACGUCAACGGAGCUGAAAAGACACCACCGAAUUCACACCGGAGAGAAGCCGUAUCAUUGUAAUGCAUGUGGAAUGAGUUUCAGUACUUCAGGAGAUCUGAAAAGACACCAGCGAAUUCACACAGGAGAGAAGCCGUAUCGCUGCACUGAAUGUGGGAAGAGUUUCACUCAGCUUGGAACGCUGACAUUACACCUGCGAAUUCACACCGGAGAGAAACCAUACGGCUGCACUGCAUGUGGGAAGAGUUUCAAACAGUUACAACACCUUAAAAAACACCUGCAGAUUCACAUGAGAGAGAGACUGUGACCUGUUUUCUGAAACGUCCCUGAAUGAGUGUGAACUGGAUGUGCUGGAUAGUUUAGAGGACAAAUGUUGAAUGUGACUUGGAGCCACCUAAUACUACUGUCUGGAAGAAGUGUCGGACUGUCCGUUCAGGACUGUGGAGUUUAUAUUGAAAAUCAGAAGUAUUAAUCAUUAGCUCUUCACACAUAGUUUAACAAUUUUAUUAAAACGUUAUGCAUUUACUACCAAUGCAGAGAGUAUGGCAACAUUUAAAAUUUCGGCAGUAAUAACUGUGAAGACUGAGUACAACAUUUAGUGACAGGACAGACAGGCACGGUGCGGCACGUGAGGCAUUUUGCCACCUGUAUCGCUGCCAUUGCUUUCAUAUGGUGUUGGACAGAUUAUAAACUGUAGACUACAGAGCUGCCCAAGCACCCUGAAGUGUUUGAUCCCUCCCAUAUUUCAUACAAGGACAGGCAAGUCAGUAUUUUAUACAUCGUUCCUGCCUUUUUUAUUAUUUCUGUAGUUCACUACUAUUUUUACUAAAUAACUGGCUGUAAAAGGAUAUAUUUUCUAACACCUCAGUAGUAGGGUAUUCGCUGUGAGCAACAUAUUGUACAUUUCUUUGCUCAGCUCAGAUCUCUCAUUUCAUACACCUGCUUAUAGGUGAGAGAAACACAAUGUUGAAAAACAAACCAGUGCUUUUAUUUAGUAGGUUAUAAAUUUUGCAUCACGCCCUAUAGAAUUAAUAUUGUUACUGACACAUUGAAAUUACAUUUCGCUUUGUAUUUUCCCAGAAAUUGAAAAAAUGUGACAUUGUUAAAACUAAAAUGAAAUACUGUACUACUAUUGCAAUUUCCAGUAGU